CAGGGUACGCCAUAGAGAGGAGUCGGGCUCUAUCGCAGAAGGGAGGACUCCUGGAAGCAGUUCUGCAGCAUAGCAGAGUACGCAGUCACUCGAGUGUAAUCAUCACGCGUGGCCAGCUGAGUCAGGAGCCGGGCAAACGUCUCGUCAACCUUCAUCGCUGGAACCGUUCGCGUUGUUCUUGCCAACCCAGAUGCCGAGUUCGUAGAAUCUCUCUUCAUGACCUUUAUGUUUUUUGUUUCAUAAUUUCCCUUCCUUCAAACAGCGUAGACCAGAAGCCGCUUUUCCGUUUUGUUUUCAGACGCUUGUUUUUGUCACGUCGCGCUAGCGGUCGAACUGAUGCAAGGUUGUCUGAAAGUUUGCUAGCUACGCAUUUAUGUCACUUCAGUCAGCGAUGCAAAUCGUCACGCGUACACAAGUUGUUGUGCUCGAUUCUCAGGCUUGUGGCAUGAAGAUCUUCCGCAUGUGUUCCGUGUGCGGAAGAAGCAUAUGGAGUCCCCCAGUUCGCAUUUAAAGAGGCCUGGACUGGGUGAUAUUGCCCUCUUCCCCCGCAUGUAACCAGUUCAGUUAACCACCAGGCUCCACAAUGGGGGCAGCCUGGUCUUUCCGAAAGUUCAGGGCAUUGGUCUGCGUCACUUGGUCAACUCUGUGGUGGGUUGCUCUUCUUCUGUCAUCGACGACUUCCCUGCGUUUCUCAUGGCACAUUUGCUGGACUGCUGGUCUUACUGCCCGCGCCACUGGAACGUUGGCGCCGACGGUCACCGAGGGACUGGCUCAAUUUGAUCCAAAUUUUCCUGGCCGGGCAAGCCACAAGCGCUUGGCAAGGAGUGCAGUAUCUUCACGUCACGAGUUGUUGCAUGAGCAGUUACAGGGGAAUGCUUACCGAGGCGCGUUCCAUGAAGUGUCAGCGGCUGGCAAGGAUCACACUCCCCCCCUCGUACCGGAGCAACUGACCGGCGUUGGCUACUUUUCAUCUUUCCUCACAAAUUCGACGGCUGCGACAACACCGGAUGUGUCAACGACAAAUAGUCCGUACGUAGCGCCGUGGCCGCUGGGAACAUGGCUGCCGCAACCAGCCUCUCCUGCCGGUCCUCUUUCUAACCUCCCCCUGCCACACCUGCCAGAGGUACCACUUGUGCCGUAUGUGAACACAACAGCCAUUCAGUCUCCUAUUGCUACAAGGAUUGCGAAUGCUUUGCCCUUCGUCAACGCCCUGCCUCCACCGCCACUUGCCCCAUUACCAACAACCGUGGUUAGCAACGUGCCACAGACACCAGCCUCACAAGAACCUGUGGUGACGCCUACGUUUUCUCCAUCUGUGCCUCUACAGCAGUCACAGGUUUUCCAGCCGAAAACUGGGGUUCCUCUUGCGACUACCUCAACACCUCAGUCAACGAUGGUGACUCAACCCAGUGUGAAUCAGCUUCUCUCAGGUGGUACCGUCGCCACUUCAUCAGCGACGCGUGGUGUGGUGCCACAAGAUUCGGCCGCAGUUUCAAUACCACCUGUUGCUCCUCUGACCGCAGUUCCCAUUUCAUCCGAAAGUCAAGUCCGAGCGACGCUUCCAACACACACUGACGACGGAACCGGUAGCAUAGCCCCAGAAAGCCAACCAGAAGAAACAGAUGACACAGAGGAGUAUGACGUCCCAACGUCCGACGCCAGCACGUCGUCAGACAACGGAAGUGCGAGGGAAAGUGUAACUCAACUUGCUCCGGCGGAGGAUUCACUACAGUCACCUAACAGCUUUUGCUUCGACCAAUGCACGUGCGUACCAAUCAUUCUCGGAGGCACAGCUAUUUUGCUCGUUAGCGGUGUUUCCGUCCUGGCGGAAACAAUUCUCAUGUCUCAGUUGUUUUCCAAGGGUUUUUUUUCCAAAAACUUCUUUCGCGGUGGUGGCUGGGUGAUAUUGUUGGCGUCGAGCAUUGGCCUAUUAUCUGGAGGUUUGCUUGGCGGACUCGUUAGUCAGUGCUGGACAAGCGCACUUUUUGCUGGAGGAGGUUUUAUGUCGUUUGCCGUCUCCUUUGUACUGGUGGGAACGCGAGGGGCCUGGAUUGGCGGAUUCGGCGGAUCCGUCGCAGGUGGCACUAUUGGCGGACUCGCAAGCACAACCACUUCAGCUGUAACCAUCGGCCUUAUCUUUGGACUACUCGCUGGCAUCGUGAUUGGCUUCGCCCCCAUACUGUCAGGAAUUGAGAUGAAUGCCCGCUACAUCAGAUGGCGAACGCGAGCGCACAGGUUGGGGUCCACCCGGACUCACACAGACGACCACAGACAGAGCAUUUCCAGUUCCUCUAUGACAGCCGAUGACCCCAGAGACUCCUCAGACAAACGUGAUGGGGCCUCCGCGCGGGGGUCAAUUCUUUCCUUGGAGGGUAUCAGCACACGAAGAUCCUCGUCUGCGAGUGUAACGGGUGACCAAGUCGUCGACGCUUCCAGGGACAAUAUAGUGAUUGCGAAAUAAGGAGUGUAAGGUCUUUUGGCUGUAGCGGCGUCGCGUUUCCUUUGAUUCCCUUCAUUUGUAACGCUUUCUGUUCUCACACUUUUGCGCAAGAAGCUGAGGACAGCUGCUGUUUUUCGAGAGUUGACUCUACCUGAGUGCUUGUAGACUCUUGAUUAACUUGUCCCCUCUUGAAAUAGGUCGCUUCCUUUGAGGCCGAGCCUCUAAUGAAUUUGAAAGUCUGUAAAAUCGGCGUACAUCGACUGUGAUGUUAGUCCACCCAUCGCGACAAACUGCGACUCUUGAAGCGAAGACGAAAAGUGCGGACGAAUCAGCCCAGUCCCUUCGGCUUCUGACCGUUUUUGGUCAGGAGGCUGUAGUGCAAUGCAUCCGCACCGUGGCUCGCGACUUAGAACGAGUGAAACAUUUUCUUCUGAGCGACAGCAGAACCGUGCCCCCUUCAUAAUUAGACGAACUUGCUGUGAAGCCGUACGUAAGCAGUUGCGGUUAAACCAGCCGCUGAACUUGGGGUUCCAGCGGCAGUGUCGCCUAGAGAUAACUGAAUGAAUUGCCUCGCUUUUCGCGACAUGGUGCAAACUACUUCACGCAGCGCUUCAACGCCAGAAAAAAUAAGCCCCCUCCUCCAUCUUGUCCCAGUGGACUACCUACCCGGCAUGCCGAAGCGAGAGGGGGGACCCUGGCCUCGUGGCAG